UUCCUGGUCGAAGAUAACGAAGUUGUUCAGAGAGAAGACAUGCCUGUCGACUAUUCCGCCGACUACUGGGAGAAAAAAUAUGCUGUACGAAGAGAGAGAAUUCCCAAGUUCCUCGAGUCUGUUGCCGAUAUAAUACUCAAGGCUGGAAAAUAUCUGAAUGUCAUUAGGCAAUGCGGCAAGCCAGUCAAAAAUAAAGUCCUCCCGAUCCAGUACAAAAUAGAGGAGAAACAUUACAUCGAAGCCAUAGAAAAAGCGUACAUGUUCGCAAGUCAAACUCUCUUGAAUCUAGUCGUCAAAGAAAAGGAUCUCAUUGGGAGACUGAAGUCCGUCAAAUACUAUUUCCUGUUGGAGAAGGGAGACUUUAUAGUAACGUUCUUGACGUUGUGCGAGAAGGAGCUUGGGAAAUUUUCCAUAGACGUUAACCAAGGCAGCAUAGAAUCCCUGAUGGAUUUAGCUUUGAGGUUAUCUAGCGCGAUUAGCGAUCCGUACAAGGAAGAUUUGAGGACUGAGUUGCUUCAGUACGAUUUGCAGUUCCAGAUGUUCAAAAUUCUCAGCAUUCAGACAAGAUCAGAGCAAGACUACUGGUCAAACAGCGGAUCCAAAAAACCACUAAUGAUAGAAUCUUUCUCGUUCAGUUACGAAGUACACUGGCCACUCUCUCUCAUAUUGAACAGAAAAUCCUUGGCUUGUUAUCAAAUGAUUUUCCGUCAUCUUUUCUACUGCAAAUACAUAGAAAGGAUGAUUUGCCAAGUGUGGAAGUCCAACAAGGUGGCGAAGAAAUUUCAUUUCGAAGACGCCAAACAUUACAGGAUAGCGUUCGCUCUGAGACAGAGAAUGUUGCAUUGCAUACAAAAUCUGGAGUACCACAUGAUGGUGGAAGUUAUCGAACCUCAUUGGUCCACGUUUUUGCAGAGGAUAGGGAAGGUGAACAAUGUCGACGAAAUCCUCUCGUGCCACUGUGAUUUCUUGAAUAACUGCCUCAAAGACUGUAUGUUAACCAUUCCUGAAAUUCUGAGUACGAUCAUCAAACUGUUGAUAAUAUGCGAAGAAUUUUGCAAGUUUAUGCAGCAGAUGCAGCGAUAUUUUGUGGAAGCAGAGCUGGGUUCUUUGCCAAAUUCUUUUUAUGAGUCCUUCACUCAGAGCGAGCUGGUGUUCCAAGGAAACAACCCGAAUCCUAACGAACCAGCGCCAAGUUUCAAGGAGAAAAUUUCUUUGUAUGACACAGAGUUUUCGGCAGCGUUGAUGAAGUUACUCGAUCAGAUAAACGACCUCAAUAGGGAAACUAGCGAGCACGAUAGGCUCUUCAAUUUGUUGUACAGGCUGGAUUUCAAUUCUUUCUACACUGGACAAAUACAGAAACUAGGAUUGAACAGGAUAACCGUAGACUCCUCAGGAUAAUGGACGGCUUUAGUUAAUUUAUUGUUUGUGUUCAUUAUUGCUCUCUGCUGUAGGUUGACGUUGUUUAUAUAUUUGUAAUUAAAAUUAGUGAUUUUUCACCGA